AUGUCUUUCUGUGAGGUACUGUCUAAAACAAUGAUUUUGCUUUCUCUCAUCGUUGCCCUAGUUGGACUGGUUGGAAAUGCCACAGUGCUAUGGUUCCUGGGCUUCCAGAUGCCUAGGAAUGCCUUCUCUGUCUACAUCCUCAACCUGGCUGGUGCUGACUUCCUAUGCAUUUGCUUUCAUAUUGGACUUUAUUUUUAUAGUAUCUUUGACAUUGGUUUCAUCCCCAACGAAGUUCCUGAUUUUUUCAUUGUUGUGAUAAACUUUGCAUACCUUUGUGGCCUGAGCAUUCUUAGUUCCAUUAGCCUUGAACGCUGCCUGUCUGUCCUGUGGCCCAUCUGGUAUCGCUGCCAACGCCCAAGGCACACAUCAGUUGUCAUAUGUACCUUGCUUUGGGUCAUGUCCCUAGUCUUGAGCCUCUUGGAAGGAAAGGAAUGUGGUUUCCUAUUUGAUUUAAGUCAUUUUCAUUGGUGUCUGAUAUUUGAUUUUAUCACUACUGCAUGGUUAAUUAUUUUAUUCGUGGUUCUCUUGGUGUCCAGUCUGGCCUUGGUGAUUACUAUCUUCUGUGGCUUACACAGGAUUCCUGUGACCAGGCUGUAUGUGGCCAUUGUUUUAACAGUGCUGGUCUUCCUGCUACUUGGUCUGCCCUAUGGGAUCUAUUGGUUCCUCUUAGUGUGGAUUGAGGAAUUUAAUUAUGCUUUACCUUGUAGUUUUCAUCCAGUGACAUUAUUUCUAUCCUGUGUUAACAGCUGUGCCAACCCCAUCAUUUACUUCCUUGUAGGUGCCAUUAGGCAUCAUCGGUUCCAACGGAAGUCUCUCAAGAUACUUCUGCAGCAAGCCAUGCAAGACACUCCUGAGAACGAAGAAUGUAUAGAGAUGGGUUCCUCUGAAAGAUCUAGAGAGAUUAAAAACAGUCUGGAAGAGACUAAGAGCUGCCUUGAUCAGUCAUAA